AUGGAUUAGAAUGAGGAAUAACAAUCCCCAAUGCAAUCUCCUCAGCUUGAUCCUAUUGAUUUACCUGAUUAGUCAUCACCUCGUCAGCCAGAAUCCCCAAAAAUGGAUAGGGGAUCUCCUGAUCAUGCUAGUCAAGUAUCUGAAGAUAUCGAAGAAAUCAUUCCUGAGGAAGANUUAGAUUUUAUCAACUUAAAAUAUUAGUAUUUCACAAUAUGA